UACGUCAUCUUUCCGACGGAAAUGGCGACAUCGGUUUUAUCGCUGAGAAUAGUGUAGUUAUUUGUGCAUUGUUUAUGUCGAUGUGAAGCAUAAUUGCAAUAUUAGCGAAUAUCAUUAUUACCUACAGGAAUUGUAGUUUGAUUGUUCAACUACCGUGGAAAACCCAGAAUUAGCUAAUUCGUACUCGCGAUUGCUUGUUAGCUAGCUAGCCAACGAUGGCAAGUGCUUUGGAAACAGAAGAGCAGGCGAGGAAUCGCUUCCAGUCGGAGUUGGAGUUCGUUCAGUGCCUGGCGAACCCAAACUACCUCAACUUUUUGGCUCAGAGGGGCUACCUACGAGAGAAACCAUUUGUGAACUAUUUGAAGUACCUGCUGUAUUGGAAGGACCCCGAAUAUGCCAAAUAUUUGAAGUACCCUCAGAGCCUGCACAUGCUGGAGCUCCUGCAGUACGAGCACUUCCGGAAGGAGCUGGUGAAUGCGCAGUGCGCCAAGUUCAUCGACGAGCAGCAGCUCCUGCACUGGCAGCACUACUCACGCAAGCGCACGCGUCUGCAGCAGGUGCUGGCUGAACAGCAGCAGCACAGCAACGCCACCGCCAAGUGAGAUCAAGGAACUGUGCCACGUCGAAGAGGGCGGAAGAACGGACUAAGUGAAUCUGGAGUUAAAGACGAACAAGAUGGGGUGCUCACCUUUUAGUUAUUCUUUUUUUGGGUGAGCAGGCUUGGGAGGAGGCAGUUUUCCUUUGAGAGAUAAUUGCUUGUAUUCCUCCAAGGCAGCCAUCAUCAUAUCUUGACCUCAAAUCCAAAUCCAGCCCUGACAGGUGUCUUCACACCUGACUCCCAGGUAAAGGGAGGGUGAAAAACAGUUCUCGGACCUCGAGGACUGUGAUUUGAUGAUCCCUGCUCUAUAUUUACUUUCUUUUUUUUAAACCAAUGUUAGUUGUCUGAUGGUCAUACAGCUAGGUUUUUACUGUUCUUUUUUGUUUUGUUGCAUAAUUGUUUAGUUGUCUAAAAUAAGUGUAAAUUGUAAUAGGUGUUUCUUUCACACAUUCAUUGCUCCAGACGCAAUACACUGAUAUCAUGUUUGGAAAUAGGUCUGUAAGUAUGAAUUGUAUUGAAAAGUGUGUUUAUCCUGUUUGGUGUGUGAGUGAAGAUGAUGUGCUAAACAACAUCCUUGAUUGGUAGGGCCCAUAUACAUUUCUGAUAUCUUUCUGAUAUGUGAGCGUAGUUCUGUCCUUCCAGAUUAAAUGUGUGCUUAAUUUAACCACGGGAGGCCCAUAGAAAACACAAGGACCCGGAGAUAUGCCAGAGAGAAUGGUUGCAAUUGGGAAGGUGAGCAAGAGAACAGGGGUAAAGUUGCUGGAACAGUUUUUUGGUUAAGGGCCUUUUUCAUUUGGGAACCCAACUUCAUCUCUGUGCCCACCAAGCGCUCGAACCCGCAACACACCAGCCAAGCAGGCUACCACAAGGCUACCCUGCUGCCCAUUCAUGUAAUGAAGGAUUAUUAUUUUUUGUAUCAUAUAUAUAUAUAAAAAAAAGUAUUGCAUGCUUGUUCAGAAACAGACAAGGCAAUAUUGGCGCUGAUAAAUGCCUCUGGUUUCAUAAAUAACAUAUCUCAAAGGGCAUGUUCCUGCAUUGGUGUGAAGUCCAGGGCUAUUGCUACCCAAGGUCUAAUGGAAAUUCAAAAUUUCACUGGUGCAUCCAUAUUUCACUAUCUAAAUGAAAUGUCUAAGAUUGGAGUGCCUACAAUGACACCUGGAGGAUAAGGCUUGAAACGGCAUUCGCAUGCCUCCCCGGUCACAUGGUGAAAAGCCUGCACAGGCUUCUCUGACAUGUCCUCCGGAGCUGUGUCUUUAGCCUGCAGUACGGCAACAUGCCCCCACACUCCCAGCUGCUGCUCUGGCCCGUGGUCGCCAUUUUGGUCUGCGGCUGCCAGUUCUGUGCAGAAAUGCAUUUGCCGUAGUGUGUGGAAGUGUUUCAGUCAGCAAGGUCGGGGUAUAACAGUCUGCAGUAGUCCUGGUUUGUCGGAGCUGCAGGAGUCCGCAAGUGUUUUGUGUGUGAGAGUGAAAGACUUCAAUCUCUGAUAAUCCCAGUCAGCAACGCCAUGAUCAAAUGAAAUGUUUUUUUGGGGAUUUUUUUCAGCUAGUCUUUGCAUUAUGGUGGUAUAAUGGUUUUGUGCUCAUUAAAAACUCUGAUCGUAAUGGGGAUUUUCAAUUUUCAAAGUGUAAUUUGUGAAAAAUUUGUGAUAUCUGAGCCGAAUAAAUGUUUAUUCACAGUUUA